AUGUCCGAAAGAAUCUCUAUCGGAAAUGCUGAAGAUAAAAUGUCAAAGUGCAAAAUGAUUGAAGAACCAGAGGCAUCACUAAGGAGGGAAUCAAAGAAUGUAAUAACAUUCUCUGAAGUUGACUAUGAGAAGGGCAAAAUGGUAGAAGUGGCAGAGUCAAAAGUGAAUAAAGAACUCAAGGUAAUAACAUCAUUCAUUCAAUCUAAAGAUUUAAUUACUCUAACACUUAGGAGAAACACUAACUCAACUUCCAAUCUCUUACAGAAAGAUGAAUAUUCAAGUUCAUCGCAAAAUAUUAUUGCUGAAGUUGUACCUGAACAGGAAGUGAAAGAAUUUCCUUGUCUUUUUUGUAACAAGAAAUUUUCAAAUUCACAAGCUCUUGGGGGACACCAAAACGCUCAUAAGCGUGAACGUGAUCUCAAAAAAAUUGAGCAAAAAAGAAAAGAGGAAGAAAUGGAUUCCAGCAUAAAUCAUAGAUCUAAUUUUUCACACCCUUAUCCUUAUUCAGACCCUACUCACUAUCAAGGAUAUCCUUAUUUUUAUGACAACUUGCAACAUCCAGUUGGCACUCAAAUGAACAAUGUCACGCCUUCUUUGUUUGGUUCUCCGUUUGGUGGUUAUGGAGGGAUGUAUAUGCCAAAUACACCUUCCUCACCACCUCCAUUUUUCAUGCAAGUUUCAAAGCCACCACUCACACCACCAUGCCUAGGGAUGACUAGUUUUUUGGGUAGAAAUCAAACUCCUGCACUGUCAAUUUCUCAAAGGCCAAACACUAUGGAAUUCAGACUUUCUAGUCAAGUUAAUCAGACUUCUCCAUCGGGUGAGGAUGCAGAAAGAAACUCAGAUGCUAAAUUUCUUUCUCAUUAUCUUCCAAUAAAAACUCGUGAUUUUAUUGGAGGAAGUCAACUUCUAGCUGAAGUCAAUGUAUCUUCAUCAUCAACAACUGAAUCAACAUCAGAGGAACUCGACUUGGGUCUCAAACUUUAAGAUUUUGUGUCUAUCUAAACAAAGUACAUU